AUGCCACGUAAGCUACGUAAGAAUAUACGUAAGAGGAAGAGAGCAUUGAAACAUCCAAUAGUAAAACUGACACCACAACAACAGUUGCAACAACAAAUGCUGAAUGACCCCACUAUGUUGCAACAAAUGUCAAGCAAUCCUAUGCUUUUAAACCGAGUUGUUGGUGCACAGAGUGGAGGUUUAAGAGCGGCACUUUUAGCGAAAAUGGCAGGCUAUGGUGGAGCUGCAGACGGAACAGCCUAUAACCCUCAAAGUCAAAUGAAUUUGAGUUCACUCAAAAAUCAAAUAACAGAUGUCAAAAAGUCAAACAUAGACAUACAGAAACAAAUAAGUGAAAACGAAAAGAAACUAGAAUAUGACAGACACACAAAGAAACUAAAUGAGUUAAACGUAGAGAAAAAGAAGAAAGAAGAACAACUGAAAGAACUAAGUACAGAGGAAUAUGCGAAAAAAGUGUCAGAAAAAGCAGCAGAAGUAGCAAAAAUGGAACAAGAUGUCAUAAAUUUGAAAAACCAUACUACUCAAUAUAAAGUACUGAAAGAUGAAGAAAUAAAACAAAAAGCCCUGAAGACAUAUAUGGAUAGCGAUGAGUAUAAAAAAGAAGUUGAAGCAACUGUAAAGGCAGAAAAACUUUUACAGUUGCAAAACCAAACCGUACAGUAUGAAAACUUAGCACAAGAAAGUAAAAAUAACGACGCGGCUAUGCAAAAGGCAAUGAAAAGCGCGGAAUAUAUAA